CAGGCCUGGAGGCGCGGGUGCCGAGCAGACAACCGGCUCGGCGGUGAGUGGGGCGGAGCGCGCGGCGCCGCAUCCUCAGGUGGCUGCCAAACUUCCCGGCCGCCGGCCGCGAUCCCAGUCCAGCCCGGGGUGGAGGAUUAAUUGGAAUUCUUCAAAAUGUCAGGUGUAAUCCCCACAGCCCCUGAGAAACCUGCAGAUGAAAUGGAAAGUCAAAUAAAGUCACCUAAUCUACAGCCUGAUGCCCCUCCUGACUACAAUUCCCAUUUUGUACCAGGACCCCCUGGAGCAGCUGUCCCUCCACCUAUAGGUUACCCAGGAGGCUUUCCUGUGAGAUAUUAUAGUCAACAGCAGCCCAGUACCUUCCCCUACUGCCAGCCAACUGGUGGCACCUAUCCUAUUCAGUACCAGCCUGGCAAAUAUCCGGUGUCAAAUCGACCUGCUCCAAUAACGUGGAUGCCAGGGGCAGCUCGAAUGCCAGGCUGCCCUCCUGGCCUGGAAUACUUAAUCCAGUUGGACAACAUACAUGUUCUUCAGCAUUUUGAGCCUCUGGAAAUGAUGACAUAUUUUGAAACUAAUAAUAAAUAUGAUAUUAAAAACAACCUGGACCAGAUGGUUUACAUUGUAACUGAAGACACAGACGACUUUACCAGGAAUGCUUAUCGGACAGUGAGGCCCUUCAUCCUCCGGGUCACUGAUGUUAUGGGCCGAGAAAUCAUGACAAUGCAGAGACCUUUCAGAUGCACCUGCUGUUGCUUCUGUUGUCCCUCCACCAGGCAAGAGCUGGAAGUGCAAUGUCCUCCCGGUGUCACGCUCGGCUUUGUCAUGGACCACUGGAACCUGUGUCGGGCAGUAUACAGCAUCCAAAAUGAGAAGAAAGAAACUGUGAUGCGCAUACGUGGGCCGUGCUCCACCUACGGCUGUGGUUCAGAUUCUGUGUUUGAGGUCAAAUCCCUUGAUGGUGUCUCCAAUAUUGGCAGUAUCAUUAGGAAGUGGAAUGGCUUGAUAUCAGCCAUGGGCAAUGCUGACCACUUUGACAUUCACUUCCCAUUAGACCUGGAUGUGAAGAUGAAAGCCAUGAUUUUUGGAGCUUGCUUCCUCAUUGACUUCAUGUAUUUUGAAAGAUCUCCAGUGCAACAUUCAUCAGGAUAGAUGGACACCGCAAAUCACCAUUUAUGGUUUUAAAAAAUUUUUAGAAAGGUUGGCUUGGUCUUAUAGUCAACCCUUAAUUAUCUGCAAACAUAUUUACCUGCUUUUGAAGAUUAUUUUAAUUUGCUAUUAGCUUUGACAGGUAGGCUGCAAAUGUAAGAACACAAUCUAAUGUGUGUUUCAAUUGAGUGUCUGUCUCAUUGUCUACUUGGUAGAAUAGCUCAUCCUGAAAAAGCUAUGACUCAUUAACCAAGUAAAUAUAGACACAAUGAGUUUGAAAACACUUUAAUAUGUGAUAGGGGAAAUGAAUUACAGAGCUCUCACAUUAGUAGGUAAUGUUGAUCAACACAGCCUCUUACCAAAGGUAGAUUUGGUUCGAGUUGAAAACAAUGACACCCUUCAUCUUUAGAAACAAAAAGGAAGGUAGGCAGAAAUAUUAUAUUUUAUUGUACAAGGAACAUUUCACUUGUGCACAUGUAUCAGAGCCUCAUUUUGUAAAAUUUACAAAGAUUUC